ACCUAUGCUCCCAACACCGCAUUUCUGAAGGUGUGACAGCAGUGCUGGAGAAAAACCUUGUUUGAAAACAAUAUUUUGACUCUAACAUGAGACAGUUAUGUUCAUUGUCCGGACGUACUGUAAAUGGAAACAAGUUUGACAGAGCAGCUGAAGAUAAUGCGUGUGGUUGCAGCACGGUUUGUUGUUUCUUGUUUGACAAGGGAGGACCUGUGAGCUCACUUCCCAGAACAGUGCAGCGAAAAGAGCUAAAAUAUGUCUCAGUGGCUGAAUGAUGGGGAGGUGCUAGAAGGUCAAGGCAGCGGUGAGGCUGUACCUGUAAGCCCGCGACCUCAGAGCCUGUCACUGGGGAGCCCCAGACUGGGCAGGGGCCGCAGCCCACUCGGGUCCCCCAUCCCGAGAAAGGCAGCAGCAGCAAGUCCACAGGCGGAGACCAUUGGGAAAGCCAAGCAACUGUUUGUGUUGUGUGACAAAGAGGGGAAAGGCUUCAUAACGAAACGGGACAUGCAGAGGCUCCAGAUGGAAUUGCCUCUUUCGCCCGAACAACUUGAGACUGUCUUUGAGAGUUUGGACCGCGAGAGCAAUGGCUUUCUUACACCACUUGAGUUCAGCACAGGACUUGGUGAGUUUAUGGGGCAGAAUGACACGGCUGAACAGAGCCAAGAACUUGACAACCAAGACUCAAAUCAGGUGGACCUGUCGGAAGAUGCUACCACAAUGAGACUUAAUGACAUACUGAAUGCGCUUGGUGCUGACAAACUCUCUGACAGUCAACAGGAGCUGUCGUCUCUCUGGUGUGAGCUGCAGAGAGCGCGACCAGAGCUCCUCAGGCUCUUGGAAAGCAUCCUGCACCGCGCUGUCACACAUCUACAAGACACCUUCAAAGAGAGAGACACCCUGGAACAAGCUUUGCGCAGAAGGGAAAGUGAGCACGAUCAAGUUGUUCGGUCUAUAUGUGAAGAAAUGGAAAACCAAAUCCGUGAGGAACAAGAAAAACGCCUGGCACAGGAGAGUAUCAGACAAAAGCAGAGAGGCAUUCAGGUUGAAGAGGAGUUAAGGAUGCGGGACCAAGCGUUGGAAAUAACCUUGAGCAGACAGAAAGAGCUGGAGAGCAGAGUACAGCAGCUGAUUUUUGAGCAGUCAAACAUCCAGGAACAGAAUCAGGAGCUACGCAGCGUCAACGUCCAGCUGCAAGAGCAGGCAGAGAGUUGCAAGGAGCAACUGCAGACUGCUAUGGUUCAGCUGGCCCAGCUGCAGCUCAGUGCUGCCCAGGAGCAAAUGGCCAGACAGCAAAAUAUGAUUAAAGUGUCAAGAAACAUACAGAAAGAGAAGGACAGUCUCUUGAGACAACUCAGCCUGUUGAGGGAUAUGAAUAAAAGUCUGCGAGAUGAGAAAGAUGCCCAGCUGACUAGGAAGAGGAGUCCAAAUAUGGAAGAAACCAUGCAGAAGAGAGGGUCAGUCAUAGGGCAUUACUUUCUCCAAGACAAGCCUGUGGAGAGCUCGCACAAUGAGCAGGAGCAGUACACUGGGAAAAAAGUCGUAAAUUCGAAGACAUUGCAUAGAGUCAGGUGUGAGAGAGCUGGACAGCAUGUGUUUAAGGUGGUCUUCCUUGGCAACUCAGGGGUGGGUAAGAGCUCCCUCAUCCAGCACUACUGCACGGGACAUUUCUACAGCUCUAAGGGUGCUACAAAUGACUUCCAGAUGAGGACCAUCACUAUGGGCUCCACCUCUAUCACCCUGCAGCUUUGGGACACUGCCGGUCAGGAGAGGUUUCGUAGCAUCACUGAGCAGUACUACCAUAAGGCUAACGCCAUCAUGGUAGUGUAUGACAUUACAUGCAUGGCCUCUUUCACCACUGUGAGAGAGUGGAUGAACUCAGUGAAGGAUAAGAUGUGUGAUGGUGUGAUGCUUGUGCUGCUCGGAAACAAGUUGGACCUGGCAGACAGUCACUGUAGGAAAGUGUCAAGAAGAGCUGGACAGAUGUUGGCAGAGCAGCACGAGGCCUCAUUUUACGAGUGCAGUGCCAAAACCGGAGAGAACAUAGAGCAGCUGAUGACUCAUAUGGCUGAGAUGUUAAUUGCCCAGCCUGAUCGCAAAUGUGACAACACACUUUCCCUGACAGAGUAUGUAGCACAAAGAAGUUGUUGUGUGUAAUUGGUAAAGAAAAAGGGGGGAAAAAGACUAAUGUUUGAAAAGGGGUGAAAGUUCAG